AUGAAAGAGUAUAAUGUCUGUCGGCACUAUGAGACCAAGCAUCAGAGCAGCUACGCUUCGUACACAGGUGCCGAACGAGCACAGAAAUUCAAGCAAAUGGCAGCCAGCCUGCAAGCUAAACAACAGUUUUUUUCCCAUCUCGGCUUCAUAAGAGCAAAGGCCACAGGCUUAGGAAGUAAAGGAAGCUCCUAUGAGCCGUCUCCGUCUGACACCUACAGGGAUGCUGUUCGCAAGGCCAUGUUUGCACGCUUCACAGAGAUAGUGAACCUAAAAGAGGCCAGAAUGAGCAUAAAAAGAGGCAGACAGAGAGCCAGAGACACAACGGUGAUCUCCACCAACACCCUGAGCAGGAUCUUCAGAGAAAAGGAGAAGCAUCAUCAUCUUCACUCUUCCUCCUGUCUGCUGAGGCCUGAUCUGAUCUCCUCCAACAUGCUCCGCCCCCUGCUCUUCCUGUUUGCCGUCAGUGAACUGACAGGCGUCCAUGGAAACCUCUGCACAGUCACUGGUCCCUCUGUCAUUGACAUCAGUGGAAAUGUCAACUCAGUGUCAGACCGGUGUGAGUACACUCUGCUGCAGGAUCAGUCUGCUGGAUUCACUCUGAAGGCCAACUUUCUGGAACGGCGUCGCAGAGAUGUGAGCUUUGUGGACAGUCUCACUCUGGACUUCAGUGAGGGUGCUGACAUUCAGCUGCUACAAGGACAGAUGGUCAUGGUGGGAGGCUCACCUGUGACCCUCAGUGGUUCAGUCCAGACGUUUAAUGGUGUUGGUCUCUCCAAGGACCAGACUGGAGUCACUGCCAAUAUUUCACUCAAUGGUUCAUCUGUGUCUGUGUUCUUUGAUGGAACCACAGCUCAGAUCUACAUGGAUGUACCUGUCGGUUACACUUUUACGGGUCUGUGUGCAGACUCUAGCAGUUCCUCAUCUUCAAGGCUGUCCAGUGACUCCAGCAAAUGUCAGCUGUAUAAUGACGCUGCUGACGACACCAUUAACCCCACUACUGUGGCUCAACAGUGUGGCGUCCUGUCAGCUGCACCAUUCUCCUCCUGUAACAUUCAUGUUGAUCCAGAGCCAUACAUGGCUGCCUGCAGAAGCACUUUGAACAAGUAUCCUGCAGUGGACGGUCUCAGGUGUCAGUUCCUUAAGGCCUACGCCAAAGCCUGCCAGAAGAGUCAAGCUACCGUGCAGAACUGGUGGACAGCAGCUAAGUGCCACCACCCUGAGCCCAUCUGUCAGGACAAAUGCAGUGACCAUGAGUUCUGUGGAGAUAUCCACGGAAACACUGACUGCCGCUGUAGAGCCAUUUAUGCCUCACAGUACACUGAACAGAACAGACUGGGAGGUCCAACUGUCUGCAAGGACAACACUGCCUCCCUCACUCUGGUGGGUUGUCUCCUGAAGGAAAACGGCAUCGACUACAAUCACCUACACCUCAAUGACAAGACCUGCACAGGUGUGAUGGACCCCGAGAGUCACAUGCUGGAGUUCAGCUUUAGCAGUGACAGUUGUGGAACAGAGGUCAUGACCAACAACAGCCAGGUCAUCUUCACAAAUGCAGUUGUGACCCGGAACAGCUCCUCGGAUCUCAUCACUCGUCAGGAUAAAGUCUAUAUUGAGUUCUCCUGCAGCCAUCCUGCACCUGAACUGCAGAAUGUGGCCUUCAAUAUUUUGGACAACUCUGUGAAAGUUUUCCUCCAAUCUGGAGAGUGGCACUACAGCUUGACCAUGAAGGCUUACUCUGAUGCUGCCCAAACCCAACUUUUGGGUCCAAAAAGUGAUGUCAGGCUGAACCAGAAGAUCUGGAUUGUGCUGGAGACCGAGGGUCUGGAUGCAGAGGUGGUUUCUGUGGUGACCGACUCCUGCUGGGCAACCAGUGACGAGUCACCCACCAGCGUUCCAAGAUAUGACCUGAUCACAGACGGCUGUGCAAACACAGCAGAUGGAACAGUUCAAGUGAUGGGAAAUGGACAAGGAACCUCCAACUCCUUCUCCUUCAACAUGUUUGAGUUCUCUGGAAAGGAACCUUCAGAAGUCUACCUUCACUGCCAGCUGCAGCUGUGUCUCAACAAGAACAACAUCUGUGAGCCGGGUUGCUCUGGUUCAGCUAGAAGACGCAGAUCUCUCAGAUACAGACGUGGAGCUCCAGCCUUGAUCAGCAUGGUCUGGACUCCUUAGAUUUCUUUCAUGGGGACCUUGACUAACCAUCAGAGUGCUGAUCCAAUCCUGGUUCUGAACCUGGAUGUGUGAAAAAGAUCAGUUCUGGCUGCUGUUAAUCAAAUUUGUUAACUUGAACUUGAAGGAAUUCUGCUGCUGUCUAAUUCUGAAAAGGGAAGGAAACUGUCGUUUAUCAACUUUAUCAUUUAUCUGUUCUCUGCUUUAUUACUGACAUGGGGAAGGAACUGAGUGAGCUAAGAGCUGUUAUUUCCCUUUUUUUUACUGUUAGAAUGACCAUUUAAGAUGAAGGACCUCUGAUUUUCAGCUUGUUUUGGAUCCUGCAUGACUAAAUUUACUGAAAAACUUGCAAAUCUAUAACUUCUUUUUUCUGUUCUUGGAAAAUUAUGACUAUUUGUUAAGCAUCCGAAAGACAAAAAAUCUGAAAGAAUAAAAUAUUGUUGGUGAGAAACAAA